AUGUCAAUCACCCUACAAGAUGAGGAGGUAAUUUUCGGACUUCCUAUAGAUGGUGAGGUCUUGGUUGGGUUGACUGUUGUGGUGGAUGGGGAUUGGAGUCAACUGUGUAGGGACUUGCUUGGUUUUACUCUGCCGAAUGACAAUAAAACUUUGGUGGGGCAAAGAAUUCUCAUCAGCCGACUUGUUGAGGCCAUUGCAGCGCCACUGCCUCAUGACGCAACGAAGAUGCAGAUACACCAGUAUGCCCGGUGCUAUAUUUUAGCGCUAGUAGGGGAUAAACUUUUCAUGGACAAAUCAAGAGAUAGGGUGCAUCUGACGUUCCUGGACUUCAUUCGCAACCUUCGUGAUCUGCCACAGUAUAGUUGGGGUAGUGGUUGCCUGGCUUGGUUGUACAGGGAGUUGUGUCGGGCAAGCGAGAAAGGGGCAUCGUAG